UGCAGCGUCCUACCAAAUAACGAUCUCGUCACCCUCGCAUUUCUUACCUGUCUCCGUGAUUUUGAGUGUCGUUCCAAAUUUGAUUGUGCCAUUUUUUCUCUUAGACGAAGGAGAAUGCCAAUUUUGGGUAUGUAUUCAUGGGAGGUCCGUAUCUACUAAGUAUAGUGGACCGAUGAUUUCCAUGCCGAUAAGUUACCUGCACAAUUGUCAGACGAAGAGAUAACUUCCCUGAAGUACAUGAACCGACUAUUGGUUCAGGGGUUCUGUCCCUAUGGUUGUCCCUAAUCAGCCCUUGCACGGUAUAAAUUUGUGGAGACGAAUUUUCGCUUUGAACAGGGCUUGUGUAGGAAACACGAUGAUGACGUAUGCGACCUCAGGGGAGCCGGAUGACAUGUCGCAGAGGGUUACGCGACAUUUACAAUUCUGUUUGCCUUGCUUGAGGCACGUUUAUUGGGAAAGAUUUGGGACAGUUCUGAUACUUUGAGAGCAAAAGUAGCUGAUUCUCCAAUGUUAGCAUGAAGAGACUGUAGAAAUGGACACCUUUCAUCCAUGACGAUGGAACUUUCAGAUAAGGAAGCAGAAUCGGGUGUAUCGAACUUGUUCAUGGGAUGCAGGAGGCAACACCUAGUCGAUGAAUAAUAUGAUAAAUCGUAGUAUCCGAUGCACAGGAUGGUCAGCGUUGUCUGAAACCAAGAGGAGGAAGGGGCCACAUGAUCGAGGAGAGGUUUCGAGAGAAUGAGAUUUCUAGGACCUGACAGAAGCAGGUGUAUUUGAAAAUCUAACACAAUGACAGAAAAGAAGCCUGAGAGGGUACCUUAUUGGGAAGCCUUCCGCCUAGACAGGACUUGGCAACCUGGUCCAAAGCUCAUAACCAAGACCAAGUCGGCAUGUUUUGGCCCACAGAUAUUGUCAAAGAGGAUUACGUCGCCUUGCAUUGGAUUUGGCACGGGCAGUCGCUACGCUUUUCAAAAGAUGUUCGUCAAUAACGAAAUGGCAGCCAAAGCACCAGGGAACAACAGUCCUGGUCCUGUCUACAAGCUGAGUUCAUCAUUUGGAAAACAAACUGAAUCGCACUAUGAGUCUCAGGCUGAAGUUAAAAUUGGGACUGCAAAACGCUUUUUCAGAAGAGUGUUGGAUAAUGCGCCUGGACCUGGAGCAUACAAUCCAAGAGGAUCUGCUUUUGGUGAACAGGUAAAAUCAAAUAAAAGAUCUCCUGAAAAAACAGCCUUUACAACGGGAUCAAGGGCAGCACUAACGAAGAUGUUCGUGCACAGGGAUUUUGACAAGGAAAAGUGGGGACUAGUUUCACCGGGUCCAGAUUGUCCUCAAAAAUCUGCCUUUGGACUUCAAAAUCGAUCUGGAAAUCGAACUGCUCCAAUCGUCAACUUCACUAAAGGACUGAGAAAUGUGAGGGACAGAGGAGGAGAAUCUGCUGGACCAGGAGAAUACCCAAUAAAGGGGUCAGUUGGAAAGCAAUCUGAAUCUCAUAGGAUUACCUUACCAUCUUUCAGCUUCCCGCUGGGCACACGAGAAUCAAGGGAUAAGACAUUUAUAUCAAGAGAGCAUGAGAAAUCAAGUGUGGGACAGAUAUCAAAUGGACCUGGACAAUUUGGGCAAACGUCUUCUGUGGGUAAUCAAGUUAACUCCAAACGUACAAAUCCUCCGUUCAUCAAAUUCACGAAAGGUACUCGAUGGCAUAGAGAGGUUGAGGAUUUGCCAGGCCCGGGCGCUUAUGAUGUUUGAGAAAAAUAUUGACCACUCACUGUGCACUUCUACUCAGGACAGUGAGGUUCACAAUUUUAUUCCACCUGAUUUUUUUGCAUUCCGGCAAUUCUUUCCUCACACAACGGUAUGGGUUAACUGCUUUUACUCGCUUAAUGUUUUCUUUAUUAUCGAGCUGUUGCUUCUUGAACGGGGUGGUGUAUUACAAGGAGUCGUUUAGAAAGAAAGGUUGGAAAUCACAAUUUAAUAUUGAUACACAAAGUAAAGCUGUAGGUGUUGAAUUUUAUAUCAAAUUUAUGUUGUUGGAGACAUAAGUAUCUUUGUAAAUAACAAUUCUAGCCAUUUGUUACUUCAAAAUUUAAGUAUGAGUUAGAUCAAAAGUUUUGAAUUUUUAAGUUUGAUCAGAAGUGUUGCAAAUCAACUAAAAGAACAAUUAUUAGUUUCAUGUUAUUUAAAUCAGAAGUCUAAGACCCUUCUAAUAUUCUAAGUUUAUAUUGCAAGAAUAAUAUGUAAUUAUACAAUAUGUUAUUUCAAAUAACAACAAAUUCUAAUUUUUA